GUGAAAAAAAUUUUAUUAGUGUCAAACUUAAAUUGAAGAAUUUUUGAGUGUCAAACAUAAAAUUUUAAGUACAGUUUAAAACUUUCCUAGAUAAAUUAAAAAUUUUCACGCUAUUGGAAUAAAAAAAGGAUAAUUUUUACAACGAUUACAAAAUGCGCAUUACAUAAUUUCCAGAAAAAAAUAUUAAAAUGAAAACUUAACAAGUUUAUAUUACAAAUUAAGCAAAAUUAGUAGUAUAGUGUAUAAAAUUUAAAUUAUGUAAAAACUGAACAACAUGCAAAAUGGGAAGAGUAUUAACAAAUAUUGAACGACAUCAAGCCCAAUAAACAAACUGAAUCACAAUUUAAACGAUUGGUUUAGGCCAAUGGUUUCACAAUUAGAAAAUGAAACCAAUUACUUUCGAAUCGAUAAGAAAUUUUUGGCGUAAUAAGAAAAAAGGUAAAGAUAAAGAUGGAGUUGGUAUUAUGGAUGCUAGUUUUAAACGUAGCGAUUCAUUUAAACGAAUCAGUAUACGAAAAAGUUACUUAGAUCGUGGAAGAAAACGUGCUGCAUUAAGAGCAAGAGCAAUUAAUUCAAAUUGUAAUUUAAAUAAUGGUGAUAACAAUUCUAACAUUAAUGAAAAUGUUUUAAUACAUUCUGAUAGUACAAAUAAUGCAAUUAGUAAAAAUUUAAAAACAAUUAUUCACACAUCAUCUUCCACAUCAAAUGCUUACAACAUUUGUGCAAUAGAACCAAUUAUAUAUGAAGAAAGCAAUGGAAAACUAUCGACAAAAAUAGAUCGAUCAUGUGAAAAUUUAACUGUGAUUCAUAAUACAUCAUCAUCAUCAACGAAAUCUACGAAUAAUUCAAAUUUAAUCAAACAAAUCGAAGUGAAAAAUGGAAUUUUUAUUGGUUUAAAUGGCUCCAUAGAAACCCAAUCUCAAAGUAAAUAUUCAUCGUCAACAAAAACUACAGAAAUUUCUGAUAAUAAUGAUUUUGGUAAUUCAUCAUGGAACAAAUCAUUGAAUCAUUCAUGGAAUUCAUAUGAAAAACUUGAUAAAAAAUUUUCCAAUUCAGAUUUAAAACCGAAUUUAAAUAAAAAUUCAUCCGAUAAGGAAACUGAAAUACAAAUCAUAUCAGUAGAUUUCCAAAAUAAUUCCUCAAAUAGUAGUGAAUCAAUUUAUAAUGAUAUAGUAAGUAAUAAUGAAGAUGAUUGUAGUGAUAAUGGUCAAAUAAAUAAUUGUAAACAUAAUAAUAUUUCUAAUAUAAAUAUAGUUAGUUUCGGUACAUUUACAAAUGAAUCAAAUAAAACUGACGAUAAUCGAAGUACAAUAUCAUUAACAAAUUAUUCUGAACCAAGUCAGUAUGAAAAAUCAAAUGCAGUACGGUUAGAAUACAAUUCAAUAACAUCAUCGAAUUCUAAUUUAAAUGAUAAAAAUUUAAUAACAUUUAAAACAUUUACUCCAGCAAAAAAUUUUCUCGAAACAAAUUUCGAUUGUAUUGUAGAUCCUAUACAUCAAAGUUGUGCAUCUAUAAAUAGUAUUAAUUCAAAAACAUCAUUAAAUAUAUCAAAAACAAAUUUAGUAUAUCAUACGAAACCUUUGAGUAAGUCGCAAUCAAAAUCCAUACAAUCAAUAAAUUCUAGUCAUAGCAUCGGUAGUAGCAAUCAAGAAAGGCAACAACAAUCAACAAAUGAGAAAGAGAAAGUUGUUAUACACAUAGCAGCUCAGGAUAAAAAUGAUAAUGAAAUCACGGACUCAGAUGACACUUAUGCUCAAGUAGUCGAUGCAUUUUCAUCUUCGAGUAGUCGAAAUUUCAAAAAUAACUCACUCCAUUCUCCGACGACGCCAACGGAAAAGUGUAAAGAAUCAGAAAAAGUUUUGCAGCCAGCAAUUCCAACAAAACAGCCGCCAGUUAAACCAGCUAGAAAACAACUUCCUGUUCAAAAAAUACCAUCAAGAAAUUCAUCAUUUUCUGAUAUUCAUUUUAGUACAGCAAAUGAAAUUACUCCAGUUAGUAAAGAGUUAAAUUUAAUUGAACCGGUAUCACCAACAGAGAAACAUUAUGAAUCAUUUUUAUUUGAACAAGAACAGCCAGAUUUAGAUUUAUAUGACGAUUCAAAUAUAAUGUCACCAAAUAAUUCAAUACCUUACCAAUUGCGAGUAAAAACGAAUCCAUUUACGCAUCAAAAAGAGUUGUAUUCAGUCAAUUUAGGAAGGGUAUGGAAGCAAUUAAAUUUAGGGCAAGAUGAGGAUUUAUCGAUUGAUAUAAGUUCCAGUAAUCAAAAAAAGAAAAACGAAUCAUUUAAAUCAAUGUCCUCACGUGAUUCUGGUUUCAGUUUAACAUUAACAAAACCAAAAGGUAUAUUUAGAAGACGAUCAAAAAAUUGCAAUCAAAACUUAAAAGGAACAAUUAAUGGAGGCCGAGAUAUUAGACGUGGCCAAAUUAUUCAAAGAAAUUCUUCGAAACGACGGAAAUUAAAGCGAUAUGACAUUAAUGGUCGUCCAAUUUAUACAAAUAAUGAUCAUUUUUUAAGGGAAUUCGAAGAAUUUUGUGCAGUACGUCGUCAAAGAUUAAAAGCCUAUACUAAACAAAGUUUAGAUGAAAUUGAUCCAUAUUGUAACAAUGACACAUUUAACAGAGAAAUAAGCGAUCUAGAGGCAUUUUUUGAGGAACAUUUAAAAAGACUGAAAACAUAUUAUUUAGAGCGUAAAAAAAUUAAUGAAGAAACUUUAAAUCAAUUCUAUAAUGAUUUUAUUACAUCAAAUGAGAUACAUAAAAAAUUUAAUGCAUCAAGUCAUAAAGUCGAGUCCACUCAAUCUAAUAAAAAUAUAACUGGAGGUGAAGAUACACAAAACGAUUACACAUUUCCGUAUCCAGAUAAAAGAAAUCGAAUUAAAACCUCACUUAAUAAUCUAAUUAGCAAUUCUAAUAAUAAUAAAAAUAAAAAGCAAAAAUGUCUUUUUCAAGAAGUUCGAACAUUCGCAAAUGAUGACUUAAAAUAUGCUUCAUUAAUUUUUGAAGAUCAAGUUAAUAACAAUUCCAGAAAAAAAUCAAAUCACAAGCAUUAUUAUGAAAAUGAUUCUUUUCAUUGUCCUCGUCCAAGAUUGUUACAAAAAUCCAAACACGAAAAGAUUCCAUAUGCUGAUAUUGAUUUCGAAAGGAAAUGUAUUUCAAAUUUCCCAAUUACUACUACAAAAGACCUAUUCGAUUACCCAAAACAUUGGAAAAUGACAGAGACUCGUCAUCAUAAAAAAUUACAACGGAAUCGUCGCAAUCGUAGUGGACGUACUCGACAACGUUAUAGAAAAAAUCAACAAUUUUCAAAUUGGCCUUUAGAUUCUUACAAAUCAGCAAAAGAAAUAUCGUUAGCCCAUUGCUUUCCAUCGAUAAAUGAUCCACCAAAUCGAUCAGUUUGCGAUAAGAAAAAAUUAAAUCGAAAUAAUUCAAUUUGUUCACCAAUUCCAAUAAAUUCGGAUGGAACAUGUUGUAAUUGUUGUAAAUUAGUUAAAAAUGGUAUUAGUAUGAGUGAUUCAAAUGAUUCAAAUUCAAACCGCUGUUCAUUAGCUAGUGAUACUGAUAACGAUAAUGAUGAUGAAUUUAGUGAAAAUGAAUUUUUAUCAAAUUGUGAUGUUUGUUGGGAUUGUGACAAUCAAUUAGGUGAAUGUAUUUGUGAUCCACCUAAACAAAAAAAACAAAACCCUAAAAAAAUAUCUAAACGAAAUAAUAAUAAAUCGGGUCGAAUUGCAUCGGAAUAUUGUAAAUGCCCGCGCGUAUAUAAAAUUUCAACAGAAAGUGACGAUAAUACGGAUGAUAAUAUUAAAGAUAUAAGAUAUAAUAAAGUGUAUUUAAAUAUUGAUAAAAAUAAAGAAUAUAUAAAUGGUGAUGGUUCUGGUAUUAUUGCCAGUAAGAAGAAAAUUAGACGUAAAAAAUCAAAAAGGAAAAUCGGUAAAAAUCAUUCGACGCUGCGAAGGAAAUACACCAAUUCUACUAUCUGUGAUAUAACACAGAAAGGAUAUGAAAAGAAACGGACAAGACUGCUUCAACCAUAUGUAAAUAAAAAUUCACAAGGUGGUGGUGGUGGUAAUAAUGGUAGCAAAGAUAACAGCAAUAUGCCACCAUAUUAUAAUUUAAAAGAUCAUCAAGGUGUUGGUGGGGGUGGCGGUGGAAAUGGUGGUAAUACAAAUAAUCAGCCACCACCACCACCCCCAAUACAAUCAGAGGGUUAUAGUUAUGUUUAUGAAACUGAAUUGCCAUCGUUACCUUCAUCACAACAUCGUCAUUCACAUCAUAAAUCAUCAUCUUCACAUCAUGGUAGUGGAAGUGGAGGCGGAGGCGGCGGUCAUGGUCAAAAUCGUGCUAGACGAACACAACGACGAAUAACACACAACGAAAAACGAUAUCAUUCAGUCGGAGUUGAAUCAGAACGAAAUAGUGAAAAUGUAGAAUUAUUUAGUCAGUUAGCAGCAAUAAAUGCUGAAAUAGCUUCUAUUUCAUCAAAUUUUAAAGGCUGUAAACCAUAUAAAUCGUCUGCGUUUCCAGAACCAAUACAAAAUAUAUCAAAUAAAACACAAUCACCAUUGAUGUCACCAAGAUUUCAUCAUUCCAAUCAAAUAGAAAAGCAUCAUCAGCAGCAACAAUCACAAUUUCGACCAAAUUCCAAUAAUUUAAAACAAUCUAGCCCAGUAAAAGUGCCAUUACAACAACAACAACAACAUCGAAGUUAUAUUAAUCAACCUGUUAUAUCUCCAUCAUCAUCUUCAUCUAUAUCACAGCAACAGCAACAACAGCAUCAUCAUCAUCAUCAGCAGCAACAAUUACAUCAUUAUCAUAAUGUACAACAAAAUAUUAAUGUUGAACAAAUACCAUCAAGUACAAAUUUAUUAGCACCAAGUGCUAUAUUGGCUGCUGUUAAAUCAAUGGCUAGUAAUAAUAUUACACAAAAUAAUAAAGAUGCAGCUGGUAUUGCUGUUGGUGGUAUAAGUGGUAAUAAUAUUGGUAAAUCAUUUAAUCAAAAUAAUACAUCAAAUCCUGGUAUUAUUGAACAUGGUGGUAUUAAUUCACAUAUAAGUGGUGGUAAUGGUGGUAACAGCGAUAUAUUAUCAAAUAGUAGUUAUUUAAAAUCAAAUGCUAAUAAUAUUUCUAAGGGCAGCAAUAGCCAUAACAAUAGUAGUAAUAAUAACAAUAAUAAUAGUAUGAAUAAUAGUAAUACAAAUAAUAAUGUUAAUUGCACAAGUAAUGCACAAUCGCAAGUACAGCAAAAACAACAACAGCAACAACAACAACAAGAUCAACAAGAACAACAACAACAAUCAAAAUCCCAACAACAACAAUCAAGUAAUGCACAUAGAUCAAAUAGACGUUUAGGAAGGCAUGAAAGCCGAUAUACAAGUGAAGUACGACAGGAAGCUGUUCAACAGGCUUUGGCAGCAUUAAAAAAUCGACCAAAACCAAGUUUACCGAUGCCAUCAAAACGUAGUUCUGUAUUGAAUCGAAGUCCAGAUCGUGAUCGCGACGAUACAGAUUCAACUACAGAUGACGAAUCAAUACCUGAAGAACGAAUAUCAACACCUGAUCGUGAAUACAAUUAUCCGCGUGAUCAUAUAUCAAAUUCAAGAGAACAAAUUAAACCGCCAAUACGUGAUUCAUCUGUUGGUGGAGGAGGUGGUGGUGGCGGUAAUAUUGGUGGGCAACAUCAUAAAAAUUUUUCAGAUCGGAGGCCUCCUCAAAAUUUACCUCCUCCACCUCAUUCCGAUACAUCAAGUGCAGGAUCACCACCAGCUGUACAUAGGAAAAAUAAUUAUGAAUUUACCGAUAUAUCUGAAUUCCAAAGACCAUAUGUUGCACCAGAUAUAACACAAUUUAAUAAUACAAGAAGGGGUGCAGAUCGUGUAACACGUUAUGUAAAUAUAUCUGGUCAAGAACCUGGUGAUACAGGUACUGCAGGACGAUGGAAAGUUUCAGCAAAAAUUCAACAACUUUUGAAUACAUUAAAACGACCUAAACGUAGACCACUGCCAGAAUUUUAUGAAGAUAAUGAUAUUGAAUUAGAAAUUGCAGCAAAUCCAAAAGAUCCGAAUGCACCAAAACCUGAAGGUAAUACAAUGUCUCGAGUACAAGGUGAACAAUUAACAGUAGCUGCCGGUUUACCAAGAAAUUUAGAAACAGCAUUACAAAGAUUUGGUACGAAUUCAUUCAAAUCACCUGUAGCUACAGUUCUUGAUCCAAAUGGUAAAUUGACAACAAUGCUAACAUACGGAAAAUUAUUAUCAAGGGCACAAAAAAUUGCCUAUGCUCUGACGACAAAAGUUUUUAGCAAAGGUCCAGAACAAAUUACUUUAAAACCUGGUGAUCGAGUAGCAUUAGUUUAUCCAAAUAGUGAUCCUUUAAAUUUCUUGACUGCCUGGUAUGGUUGCAUGUUUAGAGGGCUUGUCCCUCUUCCAAUUGAACUACCGUUAUCUAGCUCAGAUACACCGCCACAACAAAUUGGAUUUUUAUUAAGUUCUUGCGGAAUUAGUGUAGCCUUAACAUCUGAAGCGUGCCUAAAAGGUUUACCCAAAUCAUCAACCGGAGAAAUAGCCAAAUUAAAAGGUUGGCCGCGAUUGCACUGGUUUGUCACUGAACAUUUACCAAAACCACCUAAAGAUUUCAAUGUAGGAAAUGUUCGAAUUGAAGAAAGUUCUUUAGCUUAUAUCGAAUAUGCCACUGAUAAAGAGGGAAGUGUAAUGGGUGUUACCGUAACACGUCAGGCAAUGAUGAAUCAUUGCCGUGCUUUAACAAUGGCAUGCCAUUAUACUGAAGGUGAAACCAUUGUUUGCGUGUUGGAUUUCAAACGCGAGGUUGGAUUAUGGCAUGCUAUAUUAACGUCAGUUUUGAAUGGCAUGCAUGUUGUGUUUAUACCUUAUGCGUUGAUGAAAUUACGUCCAUCAUCGUGGAUGCAACUAAUCACGAAAUAUAGAGCUUCUUGCUGUUUAGUCAAAAGCCGUGAUUUACAUUGGGGCUUGCUUGCAACAAAAGAUCAUAAGGAUAUUUCAUUAUCUUCAUUAAGAAUGUUAUUAGUAGCAGAUGGUGCUAAUCCGUGGUCACUUUCAUCAUGCGAUCAAUUUUUAAGCGUAUUUCAAACUAAAGGAUUGCGGGCCGAUGCAAUAUGUCCAUGCGCUAGUAGUUGUGAAGUUUUUACAGUAUCAUUACGCCGACCUGGACGUGCUUCUGGUGGAUUUGUGCAAUCAGCAACUGGACGGGGGGUACUUUCAAUGGCAGCUCUUUCACAUGGUGUGGUACGCGUGGAUAGCGAAGAUUCAUUAACAUCAUUAACUUUACAAGACUGUGGACAAGUAAUGCCAGCUGCUCAAAUGGUUGUUGUACGAUCAGAUGGGCCUCCAGUAUUAUGCAAGACGGAUCAAGUGGGUGAAAUAUGUGUAACUAGUGGUGCAACUGGCACCUCUUAUUUCGGACUUGAAGGUUUAACCAAUUCAACUUUUAAAAUUCAGCCUUUGUUAGAAGACCCAGAUACGAAAGAUCCAGCUAAUACCGGAAAAACAUUGGGCGAUGAAUAUUAUGUCCGUUCAGGGCUAUUAGGAUUUUUAGGUCCCGGCGGUUUAGUAUUUGUUUGUGGAUCACGUGAUGGUCUAAUGACAGUGACUGGUCGUAAACAUAAUGCUGAUGAUAUUAUAGCAACUGUUUUAGCUGUUGAGCCAAUGCGUUUUAUUUAUAGAGGACGUAUUGCUGUAUUUAGUAUUAAAGUACUUCGGGAUGAAAGAGUCUGUGUUAUUGCGGAACAAAGACCAGAUUGUUCAGAGGAAGAAAGUUUUCAGUGGAUGUCAAGAGUUUUACAAGCUGUCGAUUCAAUUCAUCAAGUUGGCAUUUAUUGUUUAGCUUUAGUCCCGCCAAAUCAUUUGCCAAAAACUCCACUAGGUGGAAUACAUUUAUGUGAAGCUAGAAGACGCUUUUUAGAAGGUUCUCUACAUCCGGCUAAUGUAUUAAUGUGUCCCCACACAUGUGUUACUAAUUUACCUAAACCAAGGGAAAUUCAUCAAGGAGUGCAACCACCAACUACAGUUAGUAGUAGCUCAUCUGGAUGUGGUAUUACAGACACUUCAGUUGGACCAGCUUCAGUAAUGGUUGGAAAUUUGGUGCAAGGAAAUCGUUUGGCUGUCGCCCAAGGUCGUGAUAUCGGUCUAUCAGAAGAUAGUGAAAGAAAACAUCAAUUAAUUACUGGAGUUUUAAGAUGGCGUGCUAAUACAUCACCUGAUCAUGUACUUUAUACACUACUGAACUCAAAAGGUACUGUCGCAAAAACACUUACUUGCUCGGAAUUACAUAAAAGAGCAGAAAAAAUUGCAGCUCUUCUACAAGAAAGAGGAAAAGUUGAACCUGGAGAUCAUGUCGCUCUAAUCUUCCCACCGGGACUAGAUUUAAUAUGUGCAUUCUAUGGCUGUUUAUAUUUAGGUGCUGUACCAAUUACAAUACGACCACCACAUCCGCAAAAUUUAAUAACAACACUACCAACAGUUCGAAUGAUUGUUGAUGUUUCAAAGAGUGGUAUCGUCUUGUCAAUUCAAUCAAUUAUCAAACUAUUAAAAUCACGUGAGGCAGCUGCAUCAAUUGAUCCAAAAAGUUGGCCACCUAUAUUAGAUAUAGAUGACAAUCCAAAGAGAAAAUUAGCAGCAAUUGCAAAUGCAACGUUAGAUUCAACAGCAUAUUUAGACUUUAGUGUAUCAACAUGUGGUCGUUUAAGUGGAGUUAUCAUAACACAUAGGUCGUUAUCAAGUUUGUGCGCUAGUUUAAAACUUGCCUGCGAAUUGUAUCCUUCCCGUCAUGUUGCGUUAUGUUUAGAUCCAUAUUGUGGUUUGGGUUUUGCUAUGUGGACUUUAAUUAGUGUUUAUAGUGGCCAUCAUUCAAUAUUAAUUGCACCAUAUGAAGUAGAAGCAAAUCCAAGUUUAUGGUUAGCGACGUUAUCACAAUACCGAGUUAGAGAUACUUUUUGUUCUUAUGGUGUUAUUGAACUAUGUACAAAAGCAUUAAGUAAUUCGAUACAAGCUCUUAAACAACGUAAUAUUGAUUUAAGAUGUGUACGGACAUGUGUUGUUGUUGCCGAAGAGAGACCUAGAGUUCAAUUGACACAACAGUUUUGUAAAUUAUUCCAAGCAUUAGGUUUAAAUACACGAUGUGUUUCAACAUCGUUUGGUUGUCGUGUUAAUCCAGCAAUAUGCGUUCAAGGAGCUAGUUCAGCUGAAAGUGCUCAAGUGUAUGUCGAUUUAAGAGCAUUGCGUAAUAAUCGUGUAGCACUAGUUGAACGCGGUGCUCCAAAUUCAUUAUGUCUAAUAGAAUCAGGAAAAUUAUUACCGGGCGUUAAAGUAAUUAUCGCCAAUCCAGAAACAAAAGGUCAUUGUGGAGAUUCACAUUUGGGUGAAAUUUGGGUUCAAUCACCACAUAAUGCAAAUGGUUAUUUCACAAUAUAUGGAGACGAAACUGAUUAUAAUGAUCACUUUAAUGCAAAAUUAGUAACGGGUUCAACUACUGAAGUAUACGCGAGAACGGGUUAUCUAGGAUUCUUACGUCGCACUGAAUGUUCACAGGCUGGUUCAAUAUUAGAUGAAACAACACCAAGUAUUGCAAGUCGCGAUAGUGAUAACGAAUCAAUACAUUCAAUGAAUCAAUUACAACAUAAUAUGUCAUCAAUGUCUAUUGGUGGUAGUGGCGGUACUGGUAUCGGUGGUAGCGGAAGAAUUAUAAAUGAUAAUGCUAUUCUUAGUACCGGAGUAAUUAUAGGACAAAAUUCUGAUCAAGAAUUACAUGAUGCUGUGUAUGUUGUUGGGGCAUUAGAUGAAGUAAUAUCUUUACGUGGAAUGAAUUAUCAUCCAAUUGACAUUGAAAAUUCUGUUUUAAGAUGUCAUAAAAAAAUUGCUGAAUGCGCUGUUUUUACAUGGACAAAUUUACUAGUCGUCGUUGUUGAAUUGGAUGGCAAUGAGUCAGAAGCACUUGAUUUAGUACCACUUGUUACAAAUACUGUACUUGAAGAACAUCAAUUAAUUGUUGGCGUGGUUGUUGUUGUAGAUCCCGGUGUUGUUCCAAUAAAUAGUCGUGGUGAAAAACAACGGAUGCAUUUACGUGAUGGAUUUUUGGCUGAUCAAUUAGAUCCCAUAUAUGUUGCAUAUAAUAUGUAAAAUUUUAUUGUCAUUAUUAUUAGCUUUUUAUAUAUAUAUAUAUAUAUAUAAAUACAUAAUUAUUAUUUAGUUUAUUAUUAUGAAUAAUUAAAUCAAAAAAAAAAAAAAAAGAAAAAAUACACGCGACAGUUAAACAUAAUGUAGUAGAAAAUAUUAGAAAAUAAAAAACAAAUAUAAAAACGCAACACGAUCAAUUUACAUAAUAAGGAUAAAAUAGAGGACAAAAAUUUACAAAGUAUGGAUAAAAAAGAUCGAUAAUAUUAUUUAACUUUAAAAUAAAUAAC